AGGAUGUUUAUGAUUGGAUGAUCCCUGAACUCUGGUUGAUGCCUUUACACGUUUUGAGUUUGAACUGAGUUGAACUGUGAGGUAAAUUGAGUUAUUUGCCAUUGACCGAAAAGGAUGCAAACCCCUUCUCUUCUCUGUGCAUGCAAUAAUCCAAUCUGACACCCUUAGCCUAUCUUAGCAUAACUCACUGGUAGUGGGUUACUCCAGUUAGCCUAUAGCUCCCUUUAGCUAUAGGCUAGGCUAACUGGUGAUAACUGGUUUGUGCUUUAUUUGACUGUCUAAGGCUAAGCUCACAUUCCAGACAGCCAAAGAAGAAUUCAGUAUGUUCUUUGCAUUAGCUUUAUAGAUGUGUACCAACAGGCCUUUGUUGACAUGGAAUGCCUUCAGUAGCCUGAGGAAGCACAUUCUUUGUCAGGCAGCUUUGUUGACGAAGCUGGUUUUAAUACCCAAUUUCAGAUUACUGCUGUAUGUGCCAAGCAAGUAAUUUGAAGUCUGUCAGGGAUAUGGGUCUGCCAGAGAUGUGGAUUGGUGCUUUAGUAGAUCUCUCCUCAGAUCUAUGACUUUCUUUUGUUUUAGAGGGACUGAGGUUGUCACCUGUUGGCAGUAUUGGAAUUAAUUGGUUUUGAGAUUGAAGUUUUUUCUUUUCACAGAUCUUGACAAAUGUGGAUUGGCACACCCAAGCCCAAGCUCUUCUGUGUAAAGUCCUGUGCAGAGGAUUGCUUCCUGACAAGGGUAUGAUGUACAUUCUCCGUAUUGCUCAUCCAUACUUACGGCCAAAGGAAGCGUUUUCACACAAGGCAUCCUGAAACUGUUGGCGCCAUGGAAACUGAGUACUCCAGGCGAGUCUACCAGGGAGUAAGGGUGAAGCACACAGUCAAAGACCUGUUGGCUGAAAAACGAUCACGACAGACAACUGGACCACGCUACAAUGGAGUGGCCUCUCAACAGACAUUUGUUCCAAUGCAAGGCCCCCACAUGCUUCCCAGUUACUACAGCAUGCGAAGAUCUUUCAUCUCGGACACAGAGUUCUGCCCGUCGGGCAAACAGUUCUCCACAGACAUCUACUCUUCAUCACUAGGGGGCAAACCUCUCUCUUGUGACGCCACGCCUAUGUCUGGCUACCCUUUCAUUGACGGGUAUUACCCAGAGUCAUUUGGAGACUAUCGCAAUACUGCCCUGAACACUGGGGGGAGCUCUGUGUUCACCCAGUCUGCACUGUCCUCACUACUGCCCCCCUUUGGCACAGAGCCCUCACAGCUACUGAUGCGGGACUCCUGGGAGCAGGCCGGGCCUGAGGCAGUGACACAGGUGGACGGUUUGACCGGCGAGGGUUUGCCACCAGAGACCAUUCCCAGCUCAUUAACCAGCACCGAGUCGGGGAGCUCCUCCCAGUGUCCAUCUCCACCGCGCGGCGCCACCAUGCCGCCCCCGCAGCCAUACCCGCUGUACCCACCUCUGGACGAGGCCCACUACCCAGGCCUUUACCAGCCAUCGGCCAGCUUCCCCUGUGCGCCCUACAUGACUGCAUCCAGUGACCUUGGCACUAAAAUGUCCUCGCUAUCGACGGAGGAGUCUGAGAAUGCGCCAGCGGCACUCAGUGACAGCUCCCCGUGGGUGAAGACUGAUGUAAAUAGCUCCUGGUCCCCGUAUGAGCUCCGCAGGACCUUCUGAGGGACUUAGACCAAGGACAUGGAGGCUACUUGGACAAGCAAGACUACCAAUCAUCUGCCAGCCGUCGAUCACAUUUGUUUAAUGCAUCAGUCAAAACAAGACAUUGCAUGGCAUUAAAUGUAAUAUAUUCUUGGAAGUAGAGAGAUACUUUUCAGAUUCAACUUUGCUGGUCUACUCACGGUCAUCUUAAAUUUACCUUGACCUAGCUGGCUUCACUAGUUACAAAAUGAAUAGGAUUGUUUCCUUGAAAAAAAAAAGAAAUUAGCUGUAUAUAACACAGAAUGAACAACUGAUUAUUUCAGCAUAGUGUAAAUGCUUAAUCUCUAAAACAAGAGACAUUUUUCAAUAACAACUUCAGUUUGAUAAUCAGUGGUUGAUAAUAAUAACAGUAAUAAUAAUACUGUUAAUAUUAUUAUUAUUAUUAAUAAUAAUAAUAAUUAUAAUAAUAAUAAUUAUAUGAUGAUGACGACGAUGAUGUAUCUUAUUAUUUUGUAAUCUUAUUGUGAUGGUAUUUAACUGUGUGAUGUC